AUGGCCAUAAAAGACAAUCUUUUGGUAGCUGGUGGUUUCCGGGGUGAACUGAUUUGCAAGUACGUCCAUCAACCUGGAGUGGCUUUCUGUACAAAUCUUGCCGAGGAUAAGGAUAGCAUCACAAAUGCUGUAGAUGUGUACGAGUCUCCUAAUGGCUCUACACGAGUACUGGCUGCCAACAAUGACUGCGCUGUCAGAGUUUUUGAUACUGAAAGGUUCAAGCUACUUAGUCACUUGAAAUUCCCAUGCUCGGUCAAUGAUACGUCAGCGAGUCCUGAUGGCAGACUUGUUGCUGUUCUUGGCGAUAGCUCCGAGUGUUUGGUAGCUGAUGCUCAGUCUGGCAAGGAAAUCGCAAACCUCCGGGGGCACCUAGACUACUCGUUCGCAUCCGCCUGGCACCCUGACGGCCGCGUCCUCGCCACUGGGAACCAGGACACCACCUGCCGGCUGUGGGACGUGCGCAACCUCUCGCAGUCUUUCGCGGUGCUGAGGGGGAGAAUCGGCGCGGUGAGGGGCCUCAAGUUCUCGUCGGACGGCCGGUUCCUGGCGAUGUCGGAGGCGGCGGACUUCGUCCACGUGUACGACUCGCAGGCCGAUUACUCGAGGGAGCAGGAGAUCGACAUCUUUGGAGAGAUCGCAGGCAUGUCAUUUAGCCCGGACACGGAGGCCCUGUUUGUAGGGGUCGCUGACCGGACGUAUGGCAGCCUGAUCGAAUGGUACGACUACUUCGACUCCUGUCUAUGA